AUGCCAUGCUACUCCCGCCACUCUUCUCCUGAUUUCCCAGAGGCAGUACUCGUCCUCCCGCGACUCGCAAGUCGCUUUCAGCCAACACAUCUUCUUGACAUUCCCUGCGAUGCUCCGCCACCGCAAAGCCAGGAGAACGCACGUUCUUCUUCCGACAGCUCAGCUCAGCUUCCGAAAGUGCUCGGCGUCGAGGAGGUCAAGGAAAAGCUCCGCUCUUGGACAGAGAGUGCUGCCGCCACCAUACGAGAUAGAGCGGAUCGCUACACGGCUGUAGCAGCCACGACGUUCGGGCAGCUUGGACGAGAGUUAAACAAAGUAACGGGCUAUGGCGAGAUAGAGUCACUCAAGAGACAGGUCGCGGAGCAGGAGCAGCACAUCAAAGCAGCACGAGAGGCUGCCCAUGGAGCUAAGACUGCCCUCGAGCAAGCCGUGCAACAGCGCGCCAAAUCCCAGCGGGAAGUCAACGACCUGCUGCAGCGCAAAUCAUCGUGGACAGAUGAGGACGUAGGUCGUUUCACGGCCCUGGUCCGUCAGGACCAUCUCUACGAGCAAUCAGAGGCUUGUGCGAAGGCGAAAGCGUCCCGAACCGAAGAGGAAGUUGAACGAGAAUUCACAGAACUCAUGCGUGUAAUUCUCAACCGAUACCACGAGGAACAGGUCUGGUCGGACAAGAUCCGCAGCGCGUCGACAUACGGGUCCUUGACCGUUCUUGGUCUCAACGUGAUCGUUUUCAUCCUUGCGAUUGUCAUUGUAGAGCCAUGGAAACGUAGGCGUUUGGCACAGACAUUCGAGAAGAAAGUCGAGGAGGUGGCUGUGGAGACUAUUGGCACAUUUGAAACCAAGUAUGGAGAGCUCUCAAAGCAGCUCAAGGAUCAGAACAUGCUCCUACUCAGAAAGAGGAAUUAGGCGCAGUUAUCUCGGUAUCGCCUCACCAUAGCUUUAAAAUACUGAAUAUGUCCCAUGGGCAGCUGUGGAUUGUGGCUGCCGGUGCAACAGCUGCUGGUGCCAUAGGCUGGUUAGCAGGCAGUGGGUUUAGAUUGUAGUUACAAUAGGAAUGCUCAAAGUUUUGCUUUGGACUUGCUUUUAGACUUGCUUUUAUGGUAAUUCAGCAUGGCAAUACAGUUGACAAGCUCAUAAUGCAUGAGGUUGCCAUGCAUAAGUUG